AUGACCUAUAUUCAUCCGGUGGCGAUCGUCAAUGAGACAAAUGAGACCCUCACGGUAGUUGAGAAGACCUGCUGGUACUACGCGAACGGCGGUACUUGGACCGACGAAAAGCCCGACAAGUUUGUGCUCGAAAUGGGUGGGAGUGGCACAUCAGGCAUGCUUCGGAUCAAGGCUUCAUCAGGCAAUACGUUCACUGUCAUUGUCGGCUACCACAAUUACGAGUUCUGGUGCGAUGCGCAGGUGGAUCUGAAGGACGAUGAUACAGCAGUAAAGCUGCAUCCCGAGUACUACAACGGAGGAAGGCUAUCGCAGGAGGCGCGAGGUGUUACCACACGGACGACUUCAGCCGGGAGAACAGUGCAAGUUCACUUGCAGCAUUUGCCAUGUGGUCGACCACCUGUUAUUAUCACUUAUUCUUGA